UCAAUUAAGAAUGCUAUCCAGCUAAGUCUUAAUGUUAAAUCAUCGAUUACGUUUCCAAUCAGGAAGAAUUUGGUUUUGGAUGUGUAAAGAUAAAACCUAAGUACUGUAUUAUGUUUUCACGUAUAUUUGGACCCUCAAACACGAAGCAAGAAAAAAGCACGAUAAAGAGAGGAAAAAGUCCAGAACGACCAUCACCACCACCCACCACCAGGAAUGAUGAGCAUUUAGACGAUCCAAAAGUUUUGAAUGAUUUUUUGUAUUACGUUGAAGGACACGGUGUUGUAGUUUUAGGACAAGGGAUCAGAUUACGGACAGAACCAGAACUUUCAGCACCAUUUAAAUGUUUCAAAGUGGAAAAUUGGACGUCUGAGGAAAGAAAUACCUAUCUCAAUGAUGUAAGUCUUCCAAAUCAUAUCACGCUGGUGACGGACAUCUAUAGACUGGUAAGCCAAUCGGAUACACCCGGUUUAGAAGAAUUGACUGAUCCAUCAGAAACUAAACGUUGUAAAGAAAACCAGUGCGUAUUUUCUGUCCGUGAUAAAUAUAAGAAGAAAGUGUACCUUCAAGUUCCGGUAUACCAUUCGUUCGUAAAGGACAGCGACAUAAACGAUUACUGGGCGCUUAUUGAAGAUGGAGAGAACAAAUGGAAGGAGGUGCCAGCAUAUGUAAAGUUUGACUUCAUUGAAUUUCCAUGCUGUCGAAUGAAUAGCUUUUUGAUUGUGGCCCGUCCAAAAAAAUUUAAACAUGACGUAAAGUCAGAGGGGUCUGUGAUAAGAACAGGAGGAGACGAUUGCAUGACUGUUAACUUUAUAAAAGGCUGUAUAGAUGUAGAACUGAAAAUAGAGUAUAUGGUACAAAGACCUAUUGGAAAACUUGAGAGCAAAGACAUUUACUCUAAGACAUUGGUCGAAGCCGUAAGCCACAAAAUAACAUUAGAUUUCAACAAGUCGCAACUGAAAGGACCCAUCAGUGUAUCUGCAAGACUAAACAGCGAUACGAAAAGUAGCCAAGAGCCAGUUGGUUCAGAUAAUCCAAACGUGAAAAUGAUUGUUUUCAAUAAGAGUGAAAUCGUAGUUCUGCCAACAUGUAAAAAAACUGACACAAAGGAAUAUACUGGUCAUAUACGGGACUCUGAUGGUGUGCUGUUUGCAAGAAUUAAACCAAAUCAGCACGAUCAAAAGAAAUUAACGACGAUAUUGACGGACGAAUUAGAAGCAUUUUAUGGUAACCGCAUGCUGUGUAACGUCUUGGUGUUUUUUCAAAAGAAAACGGACAAAACUAUUUAUUUCAUUGCUGAAUGUUGCUUGAAACAACGUGUAGAUUCUGUACUUUUAAAGCAGAAAGAACUUAAUAACAGUUUGGCAUACAGAUCGGGAGAUAUGUUUUUGCCUUCACAUCAGCGGAUUCGAAUUCGCCCGGAGGGAUGUUUAAAACUGAAAAAGUGUGACGGGCGUCAUCCCUUUCUGUAUUUUAUGUAUACUGCCAGGGAUAAUUUUACAUCUUUUUCAGUUGAGUUCAUUGGAAGGCUAGGAAUUGCAAUGAAUGCUGUUUUAGAAUUUUCUGCUGAUAAUCAUAGGCGAGGAAAUAUUACCAGAGCAGACUUCAAUAUCAAUCAUCUUCUGCUUCCAAGAUACUUAGAAACAAAUAAAAACUAAAGAGAAUGUGGUUGCCCUAUAUAUAUUAUUGUAUGAGAAUAAUAUAUUCAAACAUUAAAAUAGUGAACCUAA